AGGAAGCUAGACAGACAACAUUGGAGGGGUUAUGGAGGGUAAGAGGCGGUGCAGUUGAGCCUAUUUAGAGGGAGGUGAAUGAAGCACAGAGCCACUUUGGUUUGGUGCUAGUCAACAUGAGGUCAUACGUGCUUCUCUUGGCCGUGCUGCAGACUCUGGGAUGUUCAGGCGUCCCUCUGUACAACUCGGAGCUGGAGUCUAUGGCGGACAGAGGUCUCACAGCAGCUCUGACAGAGGUCAACUCUGUGCACGCCGUCAGACAUCUUUACCGGGUGACUCAUGGCUCUGUCUCAAGGGUUAUCCCCGUGGCCCCAAACACGGUUGACCUGCUGAUGGUAUUUGGCAUUAAAGAGACGCAGUGCGCAAAGGCUUCUGGGGGAGACCCGCAGAUGUGCGCCUUCAGACCUGGUUUCUUUGUGCCCACCCUCCACUGCUCCAGCCGGGUGAGAAUGUCAGCCACCUCGGCCCAGGUGAUCUCAGUCAGAUGCGGCUACGAUGACAGCUCCAGUGAGUCGAGCGAGGAGAUGUUCUCAAGAGGGAGACACCACUUCAAUAUCCCGCCUGUCAACAGAGCCCCGGCUCCACCUCAAACUCCUCCACCUCCUCCACCUGUUCAGCCCGGUCGCUCCUUCCACGGCCAGGCGGUGGAUGUGCAGCCCAGAGGAGACACUUUCAGCAACUUCCUGGUGUGAGGGUCCAGCUCACUCUGGAAACAUUUUGGCGCUGAUCAGAAAACAAACUUGAAUUAAAAAUGAAAUUUGCA